AUGACCGAUGAUUCCACCGUUACUCCCCUGGUUGAUCUCCAAGUCUUUGCUCCUCCCGUAGUUCCUCAGGGAGGACAAAGUUGUCAAGUCGAGUUAUUGACCCAUAGUUUUGGCGACGGCUCUUACAACAAUGCCGUGGUUACCUAUUCCUCUCCCACCAACUCUGAAUGCGGAAAUAUUGGACAAUGGGCUGCUAUCAGCUUAAACAUUUCAGUCUCUUCUGCGGAACCCACCGAGACAGGAACAAUAUGGAAUACAAUUAAGGAUGUCACUCAUUUUACUCCGCUUUUUGCUGAGGAUGGUGAUUUCAUGAUGGAUUUCGGCAACAUCAUCUCUAAAGAACUCUUACUUGACGGUGUCUUAAAUGUGAUUAUAACGGCAACAUUUUACGCUCCUACGCCAGACUUCCCAACCCCAAGGACAUCCGAUUUCAUUAUUCCACUCUCCAAUCUAUCUCCCAUGCUAGCCAAUUACUUUACCUUGGAUACUGAUACGGGAGGUACCACCCUGGUGUCACUGCCAGGUAACACCGUAGAGGCCUACGUCAAAAUCUUUUGCUCGGGAAAUUCAGCGGAGAAAUUCUGGUAUCUGAGUGCGUUUGAUGGUGGAUUCCCGCUUCUCUGGAAUGACCGACCACCGAUUUCAGACACACCUGAUAAAUUCACUCAAUACUUCCCGGACUCGACAGGAUUGAUUGGCAAGGGGCCUUUUCGCGAGCUAUACGCCACGAUAUACACCGGCGGCAUCACACCUUCAAACUGGCGCCUGUUGACUUCAUACGGCGCAUACAAUGCACCAUCGUAUUGGAUUGACACAACCCCCGUCCUCCCGGUUCUCUUAGACGGCGAGGGACAUAACACCCCUCGGUCCAUCAAGGUUUACGAGGUCCCCGAUCUAGACAUUCAAACUCUUGGUGGAGCCAGCGAAGAAAAUGAAACCGUUUGGACGAGAGUUAUUGUUCAUCGUGACCUGGAUAUUCAAAGCGAAAUAUACACGUCGGAAGGAACCAAGACUGUCACUUUCACUCAGUCGCUGAAUUACAUCAAUGAUAGGCUGGAUCCAAGUGGAUACGGAUCCGAAGUUAACCAGACGCAUAUUCGGGCUAUCCAGUUCCCAACCGGCCCUUAUAAAUCCAUUCAUUCCGUGCAGCAUGCCAAGGGUUGGGUAGGUAUGGACGAUUGCCCUGGACCGAGACACGCGAUCAACGGGACUGGUAAGACUGAGCAGACAUUUGCGUAUGUAGACAGGCGCGGGGCGACAUAUUUUCGGGACAUUGUUGCAAAGAACGAUGGAUGGGUCCACGACCGAGUAGGGGGUACACUGCGCGCCGCAAAUCGUCCGGUGCCAGACAAUCAGAUAUAUGGGCCAGAUGGUGGGCCAGGUUUCAGAAGAAGACACGUACCAAGAGACCGGCUAGUAUAA